CUGUGGUCACAUAGUACCGAGAGCAGCUACGAAGAGCCAUGAACCCAAUGCAGCCCUAUACACUGCCAAAUGGCGGACAUAGCAAUACUGGUGCACAAGGAGCACCUGUUAUGCCUCCGUACACGGGUCAAUCGAGUCCAGAAGUUGAUGUUUUAGCUCAACAAAUGAGUGCAAAUAUGAAUCUCAACGAACAAGCUCAAUUCCCUGCUGUGCGUCACAAAAAACACAGGGACGCACAUGCAUAUGAUAUGUCUCUGACAGAACCAGCUGCUCCUGUACCAGUUCCUUCACCGAUGGGGCAAAUUAAUGCUGUAAAUCCCAGUCUUCCCGCACAGAGCACUCAGAACACGAAUUUAAUGGAUCGAGUUAGCCUUCCAUCGGUUCCUGAAGGUCGUUACGCUGAUCAACAAAAAGCAAAGACUGAGGUCGUUGAUUCUAUGUCCAAAGACUAUCCUCCCUUACCUACAACUUCAUUCAUUUCUAAUGACCAAGGUAACUCAUCCUCAAAGUUUGUCCAAAUGACGACUUACGCAAUUCCGCCUACCACGGACAUGCUUAAUCAGUUGAAUAUUCCCCUUGGAAUGAUCGUCCAGCCGUUUGCUGAAAAGCGAGAAGAGGAGCUUCCUGUCCCCGUGGUCGAUUUCUCCCAAACAAACCCAGCCCGUUGUCAAAAAUGUCGAGGCUACAUCAAUCCUUUCAUUCAAUUUACCAGAGGUGGAAGCUGCUGGAUUUGUAACCUUUGCGGUCAAUCAAAUACUUUUACUGAUGACUAUUAUGCCAUGUCUUCAGCUGUUAUGGGUCGUUCACAGAAUGAAGCUCACCCAGAACUCGUAUAUGGGACAGUUGACUUCGUUGUUGGUAAAGAAUACUGGGUUGAUGAGAAGGAGCCGAAACCCAUGCACUUAGUUUUUGCCAUUGAUGUUUCGUACGAAUCAAUUGCUAAAGGUCUUGCGGGUGUAGCGGCUGCGGCUAUUAAACAGAUUCUCUACGGUCCACGUCGUCUUCCACAAGGUGUGAAGGUCUCCGUGAUCGCUUUCGACAGAAAUAUCCACUUUUUCAACUUGUCUCCGAACUUGGAAAAACCACAAAUGUUGUCCGUUCCCGAUUUGGAAAACACAUUUGUACCAUUUGUUGAUGGGUUGCUCGUAGAUCCAAUUGCGUCGCAGCAACCCCUUGAGUACUUAUUAGACAACUUGUACGAAAUGUUCAGUAGCUAUAAGGUCCCUGAACCAGCGGUAGGUAGUACCUUGCGUGCUGCUAAACAAAUUUUGGAGGCUACGGGCGGAAAAGUUUCGAUGUUUAUUAGCGCCCUUCCCACCGUUGGUGCCGGUAAACUCAGACAUCGUGAAGAUGCUCGUUUGUAUGGAACGGAAGCUGAGAAGACUUUGCUCAGUGCUCAAGACAACUUCUACACGAAUUUGGCCGACGAGUUUGUCACUAGCGGUAUCUGUGUAGACUUAUUUUUUGCUACUUCGUCUUACGUUGACAUUGCCACGGUGGGCUCUAUUGCUUCACUCACGGGUGGUCAGGUCGUUUAUUACAGUAAUUUUGUUCCAAGCAGAGAUGCCCCCCGUUUAGCUGAUGAAUUAACUAGAUCAAUGCUUCGUGAACAAGGCUAUCGUGUGAUGAUGAAGACUCGUUGCUCUAAUGGUUUGCGCGUUAGUCGUUACAUUGGUAACUUUUUCCAAAGAACACCACAAGAUAUUGAAAUGGGUGGUCUUGAUGCAGAUAAGGCGAUUGCAGUUUUGUUUAAACAUGAAGGCAAGUUAAGCACUAGUCUGGAUGCUCAUUUUCAAACUGCUGUACUUUAUACUACCGUUACGGGUCAACGCAGAGUUAGAGUUGUUAACUACUGUUGUGCCGUAGCAACUCGUUUGGAGGACUCUUUAGUGCUCGCAUCAACCGAACCGAUUGCAGGCAUCUUCGCCAAGGAAGCAUGCGAUUUAGUUUCUCUUAAAUCUAUCAAAGAGGCAAACACUAGACUGUUAGAACAGCUUGUUAAUUUGCUUAAGCAUUACCGAAAGAUUAUCACGUCUCGAACUUCCCCGGGUCAAUUGGUACUUCCUCGCAAUCUGGCUCUUCUGCCUAUAUAUGUACUGGGUAUGCUUAAAUCGCUUGCUUUGCGUGAAGGUAGCAUUCACAGUGACAUCCGUGUCAACUUUUUGCGGAAGAUUCGUUCUAUAGGACUUCCGGAACUUGUACUAACUUUGUAUCCUCACAUUUUUGCAAUUCAUGUUCUUCAACCACAUGAAGGUAUUUACGCAGAGAAUGCCGUUGGCCAACCCACCGUCACCCUCCCCCCUCCUGUACGUGCUUCCAGAAAGUUUAUUGAAGAGGGCGGUGCAUUCCUUAUUGUCAAUGCUCAAACUGCAUAUCUCUGGUUACACCGACUGACAUCGCCAUUGCUCCUCAAGGAUCUGCUCGAUGUAGACGACUUGAAGAACCUGAAGCCCUUAGAGCCGUUAACCUUUCCUGAAUUGAAUACAGAACUUAAUUUACAAGUUCGCAAUAUUCUCGACGCUCUUCAGAAACAGUUUCCCCAACACUCUUUGCGUCCUUUGCUUGUUCGUCAAGGUAUGGAUGGAUUGGAAGCGGAACUCACAUCAUUGUUCAUUGAGGACAGAAGUCGGGAAGGCACGGACUACUUUGACUUUUUAUCAAAAAUUUACGACAACAUUUACUCUAAAUAGAGCUCAGCUGCAAUUCCGCAUUACGAAUUUCAGUUUGGAUCAUUUCACGUUAGGGGAAUAUAUUUGGGUACGAAAGCAAAAAGGCGCAAUUGAGAGAUCUGUAGACAUCUGUUUGUU